GAACCCCUGGAGGAUAUGAUGUGCUGAUUGUGUAUGCAAGUGACGCCACUGAAUGGUGUCAGUACCUCCAGAACCUCUUCCUCUUUACUCGGCACACUCGAAAUCAUCGGAUUCUGAGCUACCAGCUGGAAGGCAAGUCUGCCAUCUCCCAGCAGGAGCUGGAUCUUUUCAACAGAAGUCGGAGUAUCAUCCUUUUGCUAUCUGCUGAGCUGGUGCAGAGUUUUUAUCUCCCUCCCAUUCUGCAGAGCCUUCAGGAAGCCUUAUGCCCCCCGCACAAAGUAGUCAAACUCUUCUGUGGUGUUACGGACUGUGAUGACUAUUUGAACUUUUUCAAGGACUGGUCUCAGUGGCAAGAACUCACAAAUGAUGAUAAGCCUGAUGCUUAUCUUGCAGCUGUCAAGAAGGCUAUUUCAGAAGACUCAGGCUGUGACUCUGUGACUGAUACAGAAACAGAAGAGGAGAAGAACCUAAUUUACUCCCACAGAUUUACCAUGAAUGACGAACACGGAUUAUCCAAGAGUACUGGGGAUCAUCUGGUGGUGCAGCCUGAUCGCAUACGGUGUGGGGUGCAGACAACAGUUUAUAUUAUCAUGAAAUGUAAACUAGAUGGUGAAGUGAAAACUGAAGUUGAAUUCUCUCCAGAGAAUGCAUCAUCUGUGCGUGUGCUGGCUGAGAUGGAGAAUGAGUACACAAUCUCUGUGGAGGCUCCAAAUUUAACCCCUGGGACAGUGCCUCUGCAGAUAUAUUCAGGAGACUUGAUGGUGGGAGAAACAAGUGUCACGUAUCAUACUGACAUGGAAGAAAUCAGCAGUCUGUUGGCUAAUGCAGCCAACCCAGUACAGUUCAUGUGCCAGGCCUUUAAAAUUGUGCCAUACAGCAUAGAAGCACUGGACAAACUGUUGACUGAGUCACUCAAGAAGAACAUUCCUGCCAGUGGCUUACACCUGUUUGGAAUCAACCAGCUGGAAGAAGAAGAUAUGACAACAAAUCAGAGAGAUGAGGAGUUGCCAACACUGCUUCACUUUUCAGCAAGAUAUGGGCUGAAGAACCUCACUGCCUUGCUGCUUACUUGCCCUGGAGCACUGCAGGCCUACAGUGUAGCCAACAAAUAUGGCCACUAUCCAAACACCAUAGCAGAAAAGCAUGGCUUUAAGGACCUUCGCCAAUUCAUUGAUGAAUAUGUGGAAACUGCAGAUAUGCUGAAGAGUCACAUUAAGGAAAAGCUGAUGCAAGGCGAGGAGGAUGAGUCUGUUUAUGAGUCCAUGGCUCACCUGUCCACUGAUCUGUUAAUGAAGUGUUCCUUGAAUCCUGGGUCUGAUGAAGAGCUUUAUGAAUCCAUGGCUGGAUUUGUCCCUGCUGCCCCAGAAGAUCUUUAUGUAGAAAUGCUUCAGUCCAAACCAGAAACUCCAGUUGAUGGAGAUGAUGUUUCUCUAACUACAAAAGAUUCAAUGCUUCGCAAGUUUUUGGAAG